UGUGGUGCAUUUCGCAGUGGCCGCGUGUGAGGGACGUUAGGUUGUGAGCACGCGACUCCUGCUCGGUGUCAGCCUUCCCUCCUCGCGACCGUCACCUGGCAUUACCGGUCCUCCUCGCGACCACCACCUGGCAUUACCGGUCCUCCUCGCGACCACCACCUGGCAUUACCGGUCCUCCUCGCGACCACCACCUGGCAUUACCGGUCCUCCUCGUGACCACCAGUCAGGGUCAGUCUCUUUUCCCACCGCCGUCUCCUCUCCCGGUUACCGACCGGCGUUGCGCACUCCCGUUUCGCUUAUUUUGAGUCGCGGUUUAAAAAAAUACCCGCCAUCGCUAUGUUACGGGCGGUGACUCCCGCUCUCAUCCUGCGGGAGCUGCUGGAGACCAGUCUGAGACCAGCGGGUAGGCGCAACCACGGCGCCCUGGCGAGCGGCGUCAUGUGGAAAUCGCGACUGUCGUUGUCCCUCCAGCAGCUUCUGCUCCACCGCCAUCAGCACCAAGGUCACCGGCAGCAGCUUCGAGCCGCCUACUGUAGGAGUAGCAAAUCCGAGGGAGCGCUGACUGAGGAAGACGCAGCCAAAACACUGGCCUCGACCAGUAACUUGGCUCAAGAGAAAAAAAGACAAAAAGCAGGUCUUCUGCCCAGUCUGGAAGAUCUACUUUUUUACACUAUUGCUGAAGGGCAGGAGAAGAUUCCAAUACAUAAAUUCAUCACUGUUCUGAAAUCCACAGGAUUGCGUACAUCAGAUCCUCGACUGAAAGAAUGCAUGGAUAUGCUUAGAACAAAUGUGCAGGCAGCGUCUGAUGGCGUAAUGCUGGACAAAGAACUUUUUAAAAAAUGUGUUGGAAGCAAUAUUGUACUGCUCACGCAAGCAUUUAGGAGGAAAUUUGUCAUCCCAGAUUUUGAAAUAUUUGCAUCCCAUAUAGAUGGUCUUUAUGAGAGUGCCAAAAAAAUGUCCGGAGGAAAGGUUGCUGACUAUAUUCCACAACUGGCUAAAUUUAGUCCAGAUUUGUGGGGCGUGUCAUUGUGCACAGUAGAUGGGCAAAGGCACUCGGUUGGAGACACCAAAGUUCCUUUUUGUCUUCAGUCCUGUGUGAAACCAUUAAAAUAUGCAGUUUCUGUUCAUGACCUUGGGACAGAUUACGUUCACAAAUAUGUUGGUAAAGAGCCCAGUGGAUUACGGUUCAACAAACUGUUCCUAAAUGAAGAAGAUAAACCUCAUAAUCCUAUGGUAAAUGCUGGGGCUAUUGUGGUAACAUCCCUUAUUAAGCAAGGAGUAAGCAAUGCUGAGAAAUUUGAUUAUGUCACGCAGUUCUUGAAUCGUAUGGCUGGCAAUGAAUAUGUUGGCUUUAAUAAUGCAACAUUUCAGUCUGAAAGAGAAUCAGGAGACAGAAAUUUUGCUAUAGGAUACUACCUCAAGGAGAAGAAGUGUUUUCCAGAAGGAAGUGACAUGACUGGUGUUCUAGAUUUCUAUUUCCAAUUGUGUUCCAUUGAAGUAACAUGUGAAUCAGCUAGUGUAAUGGCAGCAACACUCGCCAAUGGUGGUAUCUGUCCAAUCACAGGCGAGAGAGUUCUGAGCCCUGAAGCUGUUAGGAACACAUUAAGUUUGAUGCACUCUUGUGGCAUGUAUGACUUCUCAGGACAAUUUGCCUUUCAUGUGGGUCUUCCAGCAAAAUCUGGAGUUUCUGGUGGUAUUUUGUUAGUUGUGCCCAAUGUGAUGGGCAUUAUGUGUUGGUCUCCACCUUUGGACAAACUUGGCAACAGUGUAAGGGGUAUUCAGUUCUGCCAAGAUCUUGUUUCGCUGUUUAACUUUCAUAAUUAUGACAACCUGAGACACUUUGCGAAGAAACAUGAUCCUCGUAGGGAAGGUGGUGAAGUACGGCCUGUCUUCGGAUCAAUGGAUUAUGAAAACCUACAGAAAGAGCUUGCACUUAAUGGGACUCUGUGGAAAAAAGUAUCACCUGAAUCAAAUGAGGAGGACUCUUCCACUACUGUAGUGUAUAGAACGUAAAGCUUUGGUAUACAAAACAAUUGCAGUUGGAUUAAUUUGUGAUCUUGUGACUGUGGAAGGACUGUAGUUCUGAAACUACUUUGAUGAUUUUUUUUGUGGAGUCACUUUUUAUCAUGUUAACAUUUUGAGCUGAUUUUGUAUUUACUUCUGAUUUUGCUUGCAUAAUGUAAUAUGACAGUUCCGCUAGUAACCAUGAAUAUUAUUAAUGCAUCAUUCCUGAGCAGUCUCUUGUGUGGAGGGGCAUUUGUUUAAUGUUUGACAUAUCAUUUUCCUUCACCUUGCUUGUUUGUGAAUAGUGGGAAUGCUCUAGCCAUUUGUUGUAGCAAAAAAAGCUCCUUAGUGGUUUCUCACCACUCCUAAGCACUGUGACCACUGAAGUUUUUUGAGAAUCAAUUUUAGGUCAUCUCCUUUUUACCUGCUGCUGUUUGAUGACAUCAUCAGGAAAUAAUGUAAUUGAUUUGUACAUGUACAUGCAACAGUCUAGGUUUGUCACAUCUCAGCCUUCCAUAGCUUGUAUUAAGGCCCUCAAUAAUACAAGUACCAUCCUUAAGCCAAUUCAAGAAACUGUUGAAGACACUGAAUAUAACAAAAGGCUAAGGACAGUAGUAAUGCCUGGGUGUAAAGCCUGGUGCUCAAAUAUGCCCAUCUCCCAUAAUUAAACUGUUCUGGUCAUUUACAAUGUUGCGAUGUAUCUGACAAAGUUACUUUAGGGGCGUUCUGUCCAAAUAAAAAUUGCAAAUUACUGUCAGUCUACUUUGUCACUAGAAUAAUGAUGUGUGUUGUCAUCAGUGAUGCUCUCAAUUGGCACUUACUCACCAGUAAUCUGUUCAGUUAAAGUUCCACAAUAUCUAUUCUACUCCAGUCCUCAUUAAUGCCUUGCUCCAAAUUUCUGCAUAAGAGCCAAAUUUAAAAGGUGAUUUAAUUGUGACUGCGCUUGAUAUCAAAGCUAUAUUUGACUCCGUGGGGAUUCAACUAACUCUGGCAAAAUUGAAAUCACUGGGAAUUGGAGGGGAAAGAAAAUGGAGUCAUGCUUGGCACAAAGAUAUUUUUGUUCUUGUUGAGGUCAGCCGUCUCAGUCCAAGGAAAUCAUAGCAGUGUCCUUGGGGUAUGUUUUGCGCCCAACCAUUUUCAGCUACUUAAUCAAUGAUCUUUCCUCUGCCAUCAUAUUAGAAAUACAAAUGAGUAUUAAUGACAGUACAAAACACCAAUUAAUGAUGCCAAAUAUUGGAAGAGUGCACAAUACAGUAAAGAUCCAGACAACAUUCAGUCUUGGGCCAAUAAUUGGCCAGUGUAAUGCAAGUGUCACGUUCGUACCAAGCUAUGAAUGUUCUCAACAAAAGCGAAUCUCACCAUCAUCCUUUGACAUUUAACAAUAUUGCCAUUGCUAAAAUGCUCCACCUGUAGGCUGCAACUGACCAGAAAUUGAACUAGACCAAUCAUAAAAUGGCUUCAAGAGCAAGUCAGAUUCUGAGAAUUCUGUGGUAAGUAUCUCACCUGAUUUCCCCAAACUGGUUCACCAUCUACAAGGCACAGUUUAGGAGUGUGAAAAAAAUACUUUCCACUUGCCUCCAAGAAGCGCUCAAGAAACUCUACACCAUCUGGGAUAAAGCAAGCUGCUUGAUUAUCAAUCAAUCCAGCACCUUAAAAUUCACACACACCAUUGGCACAUGUUGCCAACAUUGUGUAUUAUCUUCAAGAUGCACUGCAGAAACUCAGUAAGAUCUCUUCAAUAACACCUUCCAAACCACAACAUCACCAUUGCAGAUGUGUUGAAACACUCUCGCCUUUAGGUUCCCCUGCAGACAAACCUACUUGAAAUGUAUUUGUACUUGCUGUUACCAGUUCAAAAAUCUGGAAAUUCCUUCCUAAUAACAUUCCAGGUGUACACAUGCCCCAUGGGAAGCAAUUAAAGAAGGUGGUUCUUCACUACUUUGGGGAUGGACAACAAGUGUUGGCCUUGUUGAUGUUCACAUCCAGCCAUAAAUCAAAACAAAAGACAAUGUCCGAAUUUUUGCUUAGCAUCCAUCCUUGGAUGAGCCAAAAUUUACAUAAGUGAAACAUUGGAAAGAACAAAGCAUUUCUUCAGACCUCACUGCAAACUCUGCUUUCCUGUUAAUCGUUCCAUCUUUCUUAAAGACCUUUGCAAGUUGAACCAAACUCUUCAAAUUCUAGUGCUUUAUUUGACCCCAUGUUUUGUUUCUGAUCUGUACCUCCUCCUUCUGGGAUAUUUAUAUGUCUGUUGCUUAUGUGGUGCUGACGUCCUCAGCUUGUUUUUUUCUGGACUUUACUAUUUCAGCUUUGUCUUGACUGACCUCCCAAAUCAAGGCCUCUAACUUUGAGUUAAUUCAAAACUCUACAAAUGUUUUACAUUCUGCACCAUAAACCUUGUACUCUCUGUCCUAUAUUGGCUUCCAUUCCACCUACGCUUUGGCUGUUAAAAUUCGCAACCUUGUGUUCAAAUCCUCUCAAAGCCUUGUAUCUCCAUAUUUCUCACCGGACCAAUCUUCCAAGAAUCCUUCAUGCCCCCAAUAUGGGACUCCUAUGCACUUCCAUUGGUCGUUGUACAUUCUGCUAUUUAGUCUAUAAUCUUUGCUAUUUUGUUCUGAAGGUAUUGCCUUCAAUCUUCCUCAUGCUUUUGCUUUCCAUGAAAAUGCUUCUUAAUCUUAGUCUCAUUGUCUAAUGGUUUAGUGCCCAUCCUAAUAUCUCUCGGUUAUUAUCAUUUACUUCUUUGAUUAUGCUGCUAUAUUGCAUUUUGGGAUGUUUUCUUUUGUUAAAGAUGUUGUGUAUAUGCAAGAUGCUGAUGUUAACUCUUGCAGACUGAACAUUAUUGACUGCUAGAAAGGAAAUGCAGAGAUACCUGGAGGGAGCAUACAAUUAUGUUUCAUCCCUAAGAGUUUAGAUUUUUGUUUUUAUGUGGCAUCUUUUACUGCUUCAGUUGUCCUUCCUUCACUCGAUGUUACUUGUGGCUGUUGCCUUCAUGUAGCUGAAAAGUGAAUACCUCUUCCAGUUUGUAGCUAUUAUGGCCUCCAUUUUGAAAAUGAGAAGAUCAGUCUAGUGCAAGAGUUAAAAUUGAAUCCUGGACAGAGCAGCAUUCCGUAACAGCACACAUGGAGUUGGGAGUUAGCUGAAUGGAGUUUAGGAGAAGGCAAGUUGCAUUGCUUUGAACUGAAUAUUCUAUCAUGUUCAUAAUCGUCCAGCACAAGAAACCUUCUGUCUAUCUCGUCCACGCUGAUCAAGUUUCCAAAGCUUAGACUAGUCCCACUUGUCUGUGUUUGGCCCACAUCACACUAAACCUUUCCUACUCCUACCUGUCCAAAAUGUCUUUUAAAUAUUGUAACUGUACCUGCACCCAUCACUUCCUUUGGGAGUUUGUUUCACAUACAGACAACCCCCUGUGAAAAAGUUGCUCCGAGUCCCUUUUAAAUCUUCCUUCUCUCAUUUUAGAAACAUGCCUCCUAAUUUUGAAUGCCCUCCAUCCGAGGGAAAAGACCUUUUGCUACUCAUCUUGUCUAUGCCCCUCAUGGUUCUAUAGACCUCCAUAAGGUCACCCUCAACCUCCUACACUCCAAUGAAAAAAGUCCCAGCCUGUAUACCUUUACCAAAAUGUUUUGCAUCAUAUUUAUCCAAAUUAAAUUCCAUCUGCCACUUCUCGGCCCACUGGCCCAAUUAAUCAAGAUCCCUUUGUGAUUUAGAUAGCCUUGUCCACUGUUGACUAUACCAUCAAUUUUGGUGUCAUCUGCAAACUAGAUUACUGGUGCUCCUAAAUUCUCAUUCAAAAAUUUAUAUAGAUGACAAACACAGUGGACCUAGCACUUAUUCCUGUGGAACACCACUGGUCACAGUCCGAAGAACAACCCCUCACCACCAUCUUCUGUCUCCGACCAUCAAGCCAAUUUUGUAUCCAGUUGGAGAGUGUGCUUAAAGUAUUUCUGUUGCCUAUCAAGGCAAGACAGAAAUUGAAUACAUGCAAUGUAAAGCUGACAUUGAUGAUAUAUUUUGUGUAAAAUAUUUCUAUUGUUUAGGGAGAUGUACUAUGUAUGAGGGAAAUGAUUGCAUUGAAAAUGGGCCCAGCUUACUAUUAAAACCCAGAGUUUAUUAUAAGCAGUUUGGUACCAAAUCACUAAUUAUCAUGGAAUCAUGUUUCAUGCAAGCAAAGUAUUUUGUAGAAUCGAGGACCAUAAAAAUAAUUACAUUAACAUGCCUGUACCAGUGUAGCACAUCUUGCUUUUGAGUUUUUAACUUCUGUGGCUGAUCCAUGAUGUGGAGUAGAUUAGUUGUACCUUAUGAUGUUUGUAUUAGUCAUAAAUUGCUAGAUGUGUGUGGACAACCCUAAUCCAUGUAUUAAGUGUAUAUACAUUCAAGUAA